AUGCUCUCAAAGUCUUCCUAUUUUAAAAAGCGGUUAUUCUUGCCACACCAUAAACCCUACACAGUAAAGUGCAAAUCUUACCACCACGACAAAGACGACGAAGACGACGAAGACGACGACGAAGACGAAAACGACAUGAUUACCACGAUUACCGCGAUUGCGACAACAAUGAUGACGACGACACGACGACGAUUACGACGAUUACGACGAUUACGACGAUUACGACGAUUACGACGAUUACGAUGGUUACGACGACGACGGAUACGGUACGGUUACGAUACGUUUACGGUACGAUACGGUGGGAUGGAAUGGGAUGUUUAUUAUGACCACGACUAUACUAACACCAUUUCUUUUCUUUAUGCACGAGAAAUCUCUGAUAUGAGUAUAACUAUCCGAACAGCAAGUCUUUACGAUACGAUACAAUACGAUACGAUACGAUACGAUACGAUACGAUGUAAUGUAAUGUGA